AGUAUGUCUCAAAAAUUCAAAUAAUUGAGCACUCGUCUGCUCUUCUCUUCAUCUACCCUUUUCUCUACCACAGCCCACAGGACAAAAAAAAAAAAAAAAAAAAAGAUAAAAAAGCAAAAAGCCAUGCAAUUGAAAAACUGAUGAACCUGUAAUACAUAACGUUAGUACGUUACCAUUAAUUCUGUACAACAAACAGCCUAGAAGCUAAUCAGCCUCGAAUUUAUGGAAAUUAACUUUCUAAAUUCAUUUAAAAAAAUAAUUACAUUCUACGACUAUAAACCCCAAAUCAUGUACUAUCGUCUUUCUUUUUAAUUUCAUUCUACAAGUAUAAAUUCUUAAAAUAGAGAAGUACGUGGGUUGAUCAUGCAUGAUGAUGACAAGAGUCGGGAAGAAUGUCAAAUGAUGAAGACAAAUGAGGAAAUUACAAAAGAUGUAAUCAUCUUUAGUUACGUCUUAAUCAAGGAUGUUUAUCUGUAAAUGAUUUCCGCGCUAAGAAAUGUUGAAUGACAGACUGGAAUGUUGAUGAUUUAUGCAAGUUGUUGAAGUUUGAAUUAAUACUUCGAAGAUUUUGCAUUCGAGGUUAUUCCAAUUGAAUUUUUGUUCUAGAUUUUGACGGAGACGCAAUGUUGGAUUGGUAUGAGCUACAAGCAAUGGUUUCCAACUGAAAUUUUAAUUUGGUGAUCGAGGAUUUCCGGGGUGUAGCGUGGUUUGGCAUCGUGUGAUGUUUAUGUUGUAUUUCUGCUGUGGUUUAUUUGACUUGUUUUCUUGAUUAUUACUUAGUUGAUUAAUUAAUAAGAUUUAGUCAAUUUGAGUUCAUUCCUCCGAAGCCACCUCAAGCUUUGCCUAAUUGAUGUGAGGUGGCCUUAAGGUCAUUGUGCAGUCAAAUGAGCAUUGCACAAUGAGGAGGGGAAGAGGAUUGUCAGUAGAUGGGCAAUUCUAUCAAUAAAGGUUUUGAUCUAUUUAGGGUUCUCAAGACUUGGAUCCCAUGUCGAUUCAGAUCUGCUAAGGUAUCGCGGGACUUUUGGAUGCCUGAUCAUAGCUGUAGGGUGUGCUAUGAUUGUGAUGCCCAGUUUACAGUAUUCAAUCGUAGACAUCAUUGUCGACUUUGUGGUCGAAUCUUUUGUGGCAAAUGCACAGAAAAUUCUGUUCCAGCUCAUAGUUUUCAGUCUAGUGAUUUUCUGGGUGAGUGGGAGAAAGUUCGGGUGUGCAACUACUGUUUCAAGCAAUGGGAGCAGGGUUCAGCUAGUAUUGAUCAUGGGUCACAUGAUCCGAUAGAUUCUGUUUCAGCAGAUAGUGAUGCCAGUUCAAAGUCUAGUGAAUCCGCUUUUCCAUAUCAAUCAGCAAUGAUAGAUCCAUCUGUAGAUGUCCAGUUCACAAAGAGAUCAGGAAGGAGCAAUAUCACUGUCCCCUAUGCAGAUGAUGCUUCUUUAUAUCAAUGUGGAUCGUGUACAAACAGGAGUGAUAAUGAUGAUGAUGAUGACAACGAUGUUUUUGGAGUUUAUAAUUUUGAUUCCCCUGCAAUGAGUACUCAGUUUAAUGGCUUCUAUGGUCCACUUGAAUUCAAUGCAAUGCAAAAUGCCUUUGAAUCGUACAAUUAUGCUUCUGAUAUGGACACUGAUGCAAUAGAAAGAUUGUGUAGCUCUGCUUUUCAGGAGUGUUUCAAUGUGCAAGAUGAUGGCAAGCAUUUAGUUGUGAAGAAGGCAGAUGAUUUUGGUGAUGUAUGUGAAGCAUCCUCAUCUUUGUGUACUAUUGAGGAAGUGAACAAUAUCACUGAGCUUGUGGAUUUUGAGAACAAUGGACUUCUUUGGCUUCCCCCAGAACCUGAAAAUGAAGAGGAUGAUGGAAAUGGUAGUUUUUUUGAUGAUGAUGAUGAUGAUUUAGAAAUCUCAGGAGAGUGGGGUCAUCUGUGGAGUUAUUGCAGUUUUGGUAGUGGUGAAUAUCAUGAAAAAGAGAAGUCUGGUGAAUACCAGAAGAAGGCUCUGAAGAAUGUAGUAGAUGAGCACUUUAGGGCUCUUGUAUCCCAACUUCUUCAGGCUGAGAACAUUCCAGUUACUGAUGACAAUGCUCAAGAGAGUUGGUUGGAAAUUAUUACUGCUCUUUCCUGGGAAGUUGCGACCCUCCUGAAGCCUGACACAAGCAUGAGUGGGGGGAUGGAUCCUGGUGGAUAUGUGAAGGUGAAGUGUGUGGCUAGUGGACGUCGCUCGGAGAGUAUGGUUGUGAAAGGCGUUGUGUUUAAAAAGAGCUUGGCUCAUCGUCGAAUGGCUUCAAGGAUUCAGAAAUCUCGUCUCAUGAUCCUUGGCGGAGCUCUGGAAUACCAACGGGUUGCUAAUCAUUUGUCAAGCUUUGAUACUCUUCUGCAGCAGGAAAUGGACCAUUUGAAGAUGGCAGUUGCAAAGAUUGAUGCUCAUCGUCCUAAUGUCUUGUUGUUAGAGAAGUCAGUUUCUCGUUAUGCACAAGAAUACAUCCUUGCAAAGGACAUCUCUCUGGUUCUUAAUGUCAAGAGACCAAUUCUUGAGCGCAUAGCACGUUGCACUGGAGCUCAAAUAGUUCCCUCAAUUGAUCAUCUUUCAGAGGAAAAGAUUGGGUAUUGCGAUCUUUUCCAUGUGGAUAAGUGUUAUGAAGAUCAUGGAUCUGCUAAUCAAGAUGGGAAAAAAUUGACAAAGACGUUGAUGUACUUUGAAGGUUGUCCAAAGCCUCUUGGUUUCACAAUUUUACUUAGAGGUGCAAAUGGAGAUGAGCUGAAGAAAGUGAAGCAUGUGGUGCAAUAUGGAGUCUUUGCUGCAUAUCACUUAGCUUUGGAGACAUCUUUUCUUGCAGACGAAGGGGCCUCCUUGCCUGAGCAUCUGUUUGAUGAAUCAUUAACAGUAGCUCUUUCAAAUAAAUCCUUAAAUAUAGAUUGUUCUAUCUCAUUGGUGCCUGGCUUCACAUUUCCUGCACAUGAGAAGCAAGGAAACUUUGGGGAGCCCGAAGCUGUGAAUACUAUGUCUACUUCAUUACAUAAUGUUGCAACCGUGCAAAAUACAGAGUUGAUAAAAUCAUUGUCUUUACCUUCAAACACUAUCCUUAAAGAUGCAGGACCUGUAUUAAUCUGCAGUAAUAUUACUAGCCCAUCCAGUAAGCCUUCAGACAUUGUCUCUGGUUCAGAGCAUUGUUGUGAUGAUGUGGCUUCCAUAUUGGAAGUUGACAAGGAAAAUUAUUUUGAAGAACUCAUGAUUUCAGAUGCUAUUGCAGACGAUUUCUGUGAACAGUUACAUGCUCCCCUUGAAGAUGGUCAUUCUGAAUCACAAGAGUCUAUGGACGUUACAUCUGAUUAUACUUGUAUUGCUGAAAAUAUUUCUGGCUCAAAUAAGACAGGUUCUGAGGCUAUCUGUCUUCAACAAGAUGCUAAAAGUGUUUUGCAAAACCAGCCUGGAUCCUUGAAAGAGGCAUUUCCUAAAUCUAUAUCUGAUGCACAAAGCAUCUUAGUUUCCUUGUCAUCGCGAUGUGUGUGGAAGGGGACAGUCUGUGAAAGGUCUCAUGUUUUAAGGAUCAAAUAUUAUGGUAGUUUUGAUAAACCAUUAGGUCGGUUUUUACAAGAUCAAUUAUUUGAUCAGAGCUACAGGUGUCGUUCAUGUGAUAUGCCCUCCGACGCUCAUGUUCAUUGUUAUACUCAUCAACAGGGCACACUCACAAUUUCAGUUAAGAAUUUACCAGAUAUGCUUUUACCCGGAGAGAGAGAGAAAAAGGUAUGGAUGUGGCAUAGGUGUUUGCGUUGUCCCAGAACUAGUGGUUUUCCUCCUGCUACUCGGAGAGUUGUGAUGUCCGAUGCUGCGUGGGGUUUAUCAUUUGGAAAAUUUUUGGAGCUUAGCUUUUCAAAUCAUGCAGCAGCUAGCAGGGUUGCUAGUUGUGGUCACUCUUUACAUAGAGAUUGUCUUCAGUUCUACGGUUGUGGAAAAAUGGUUGCUUGCUUCUGGUACGCACCAAUUGUUGUUUACUCAGUAUAUCUUCCACCUGCUAUAGUUGAUUUUAACUAUGAGGCUCAGGAUUGGAUACAGAAAGAAGCAGAAGAGGUUGUUAUACGUUUUGAAUCCUUGUUUUCUGAGGUGGACGAUGCCAUCAAGCGAAUUGCAAAAAAGAAGUAUGGUGAUUUGGGUGCUGGUGCCAUACCUUCUGAAUCAAGACUUGCUGCCCUUGAGGAACUUCUAGAAUAUGAGAAGACAGAAAUUGAGGAUUUGCGCCAGAAAUUCUUUGACAGGGAGGUGAUAAAGGGCCAUCCUACUCAAGACAUUUUGGAGAUUAAUCGAUUAAUGAAGCAGCUGCUCAUCUUAUCUAGCUUUUGGGAUGAAUGUCUGGUAGAUGCUGCCAAGGAUGACAACCUAGAUGCCCCCAAUGGUUUUAUGGGAGCAAGCAUUCUCACAAGAUCAAACAAUGUUUUUACAGGUGGUGAAGCUCUUCCUCUGGACCAAAAAUUAACGAGAGGUUUUGAUCUGGAAGAAGAAAUUAAGAGUGCUGGGAAACCUAUAGAGACAGCUUUGCAGACUAGGACUAGUUUGAAUCUCACCUGUGACUUUGAAGACCAGAGUGAACCCUCCACUCGCAAUGAGAAUUAUGAGCGGCUUGACCCUUUGGCGUGUGGAUCAACUGUUCGAAGGGCCGUAUCCGACAGUCAGUUCAUAAAUAUUUCUGAUACUCUUGAUGUUUCCUACUUAGGUAAAACUCGGCCAGGAAUUGGGGUUAGAAAAGAUAACAGUUACACAUUGAUGGGGUCGAUUUCAGUUGAUUCUUCAUUGGCGACAGUGGUUGAAAGGUUGGCGCUUAAAAAUCAAGCCAUAGAGAUGGGUUUUGUGAAGGCAUCUUCGUCCUCUUCACCUGUGGCAUCUACUUCUUCAAAAGGUUCAGACAAUGCAGAAGAUACCCUAAACCGAUUGAAGAUUCCCUUUCUCAAUCGCGCUUUAAAUAUUAGCUAUCAUGGAAGUCAUCAAAAUUUUGAUAGAUUUUGUGAGUACAAGCCCACAUACGUAUUAUCAGCCAGGGAUUUGGGGUCGCAAGAUGCAGUUAAGUGGCUUCUGCCUGAAGGUCCGAGUGAAACUGUUGUCCCAAUUUAUGAUGAUGAGCCGACCAGCAUAAUAUCUUAUGCAUUGAAUUCUCAUGAGUAUCACACUCGGUUAUCAGAUGAUGGAGAACGGUCCAAAGUUAUCGAGUCUGCAUCUUCAUUGCCGCUGCACGAAUCAGCCAGCUUUCAUCAAUUUCUUUCACUUGCUAUACUAUUUAGUGAAUUAAACAGAACUCAUUCAAUAGAUGAGAGCAUCUCAUCCCCAUCUCCUACACGCAGUUCCUUCAUGUCAGAUCCACUUUUGUACACAAAGCCAUUGCACAUAACAGUACCUUUUACUGUUAAUGGUCCUAUUGAUAAAGUGAAAUAUACAGUUACUUGUUACUAUGCACAACACUUUGAAGCCUUAAGAAAAGUUUGCUGCCCAUCUCAGCUGGAUUUUAUUAGAUCAUUGAGUCGUUGUAAGAAAUGGGGUGCCCAAGGUGGAAAAAGUAACGUCUUUUUUGCAAAAACUUUGGACGACAGGUUUAUUAUCAAACAGGUUACAAAGACAGAGCUUGAAUCAUUUAUAAAAUUUGCUCCCAAAUAUUUCGAGUAUCUCAUGGAGGCAAUAAAAUCAAGGAGCCCAACAUGCCUAGCAAAAAUUUUGGGCAUUUAUCAGGUUACCUCAAAGAAUUUAAAAGGAGGUAAGGAAUCAAAGAUGGAUAUUCUGGUCAUGGAGAAUCUUUUUUUUAGAAGAAGUGUCGCAACAGUUUAUGACCUGAAAGGAUCUUCAAGAUCACGUUAUAAUUCAAAUUCUAAUGGGAAUAAUAAGGUUCUUUUAGAUCAAAACCUAAUUGAAACAAUGCCGACCUCCCCCAUUUUUGUUAGCAAGAAAGCAAAGCGCUCAUUGGAGAGAGCGGUGUGGAAUGACACUUCUUUUCUUGCUUCUGUGGAUGUAAUGGAUUACUCCUUGCUGCUCGGAGUGGAUGAAGAGAAGCACGAACUAGUAGUUGGGAUCAUUGAUUUCAUGAGACAAUAUACCUGGGAUAAACAUCUGGAAACAUGGGUGAAGACUUCAGGUAUUCUCGGUGGACCUAAGAACGUAUCUCCUACUGUGAUUUCUCCCGAUCAGUAUAAAAAAAGGUUCAGGAAAGCCAUGACUACCUAUUUUCUCAUGGUCCCUGAUAAUUGGUCACUGCCAUGUGCGCUAAGUGCACCAACUGCAAUACCUUGCGAUUCGCCAAGCAAAUUGUGUGAAGAGAACGCUCAAGAGGGUUGUGAAACGAUUGAAAAUCUGUAGAUUGAAAUAUAGUAUGUCCAUAGUAGUUACUGUUAGAUUGAGAUAUAUGUUAUCAUUUGUGAGACAUGUUAAGCGUCUCGUAAAGUGAAGUUUAGAAUGUGUGAUUGGGGUAUAUAUUUGAUGGACUACCUCAUUUUUGAAGGAUGUGUAUGUUUCUGUUGUGCCCUAUUGUAUGGUUGUACUAGCAUUACAAGCUGUAAUUUGACUACAUUUUUGGUAAUGUAUAUAGUUAGUGAAGUUUCAUGUUACCAAUCUUCAAGUCUGAUAUAUACAUUUCUGUGUAAACACUAUAGUGUCUCAUAGCAAACAAAAGGGUGUUCAUUUCAUUUCUUUUCAUGUCUAUUGGACCUGGGUCGGAUCAGGUCAUGUAAUCCGUUUUGAUCAAAUUCAUUUCCGAUUCAUAAAUUGUUGAGAGGUAGUUUUUGUUGAGAGAUCAUCUUUUUGAGCUGCCUAAAAGCAAAUUAAAUCUAAUUCGCGGUUGGAUUUCUGUUCACCAAGAAUGAUUAUUAUUGGAGGUGUUUGAAGAACGGCCGAUAGCAAGUGCCUAGUGGAAUGGUUGUUUCGACAAACUAUUUUUAUCAACUGGUUUGACACGCUAACAA